AUCGUUUUUUAAUAUUAAAGUUCUUCGAAAAAUUGAUAUGGGUCGGAAUAAAAAGACAAAUAAUAAUCAUCGGUAAUUUCAGUCGAAAUAACUCUUUCAAAGUGCAGCCAUAAUGUUGAAGACCUUCAUUUUAAUCUCUUUUGUGGCGAUAGCAGUCGCCAGAGAGAAGUCCCAAUGUGAGACCAAACACAACAUCGUAAAAGAGGACUGGGAUAAGUUGAAUGCAGAUCCUAGCAAACCUUCCGAAAAGAUGUUAUGUCUCUUUAAGUGCAUAUAUGAAGAACAGGGAUCUACAAACAGUGAUGGCACAAUCAAUGCCGAAAAACUGAUCGAGAACGUCAACAAAUGGAAACCCCUGAAUGAAGACUCCAAGACCUACAUAAAGGAUUGUGUCAAAAACCUUGGUCCAGUAAAGACCUGUGAGGAUGUUAAUGCCAGUUUCCAAUGUGCUCAACAAGCCAUAGAUAAACAGAAACAAUAAGGAACAGCUUACUUGUGUAGACAGAUCGCCCUAAACAAUGACAUGGAUGAACUGAUGAGGGAAAUGUAACGUUUCUUUGAAUUAAAUGUUUCAUGCACCUGAACGUCCUGAACUGAGAAAUAAAUAUAUAUUUUCUUGAAAA